AUGAUGGCACCUCCUGCUGCUCCUUCUGUUGACUUGCUAUGCCUGACGUUUAAUUGCGCAAAAAAUCUGCUCGAUAUCCCCGUCUUCAGCACCCACCUACAAACUGCUUUCCGACAAAAUGCCACCGAUUUACCACAGGUCGUUGUUCUCUCUUUGCAAGAGGUAGCACCCUUGGCCCAUUCUUUCAUCGGUGGUUACUUUUUAAGUUCAUACCUUUCACGAUACGAACAAGCCAUCAACAUCGCCGCCCAACAUGUCCUCGAUGACAUAUCAAGCCGGGAAAGUGAUGGUAUCACCACCACACCGACUGCACGUCCCGCAAAGCCAUACACUCUUGUGCGAGGCAACAACGUCGGCUACACCGCCAUCAUGCUCUUCGCGCGCGAUGCAUCACGAUUAAAUGAAAUUCAAGAGGCAGAAGUUGGGUUUGGAGCGGCAGAGAUGGGAAACAAGGGAGCUGUCGGCUUGCGUAUGCUUUACAAAGACGAUGGUGGCUCAACUGAGCUGACUUUUGUUGCCACGCAUCUGGCGGCUAUGGAGUGGAAUUUGCCGAGACGGAAUGCCAAUUGGGCUGCUAUCAUGCGUGGAAUGGCCUUUGGGAACCCAGAAGUGGUUGUGAAUAGUUACAAGACCUCUGUUACCCCAUCCCCAGCCUCAACACCAUCUGCUGAGGACCAGCCCGAGCGUACGCGUCUUCUAGAUGAUGAGCACAACAAGCAACACUCAAGUCUUCAGAAGCGACUGCACAAUAUCUCCGUCUUUAAGCCUACGUCACAUCUCUUUGUCGCUGGCGAUCUGAACUAUCGCAUUUCUACUACGUCUCCACCCCCUUCUGCUGCAUUCCCAAGCCUUGAUCCGGAUUCCGAGAACUACUACCCAGACUUCUUCCGCCUCGACCAGCUGACACGGGAGCGUAACGCCGGUAGGACGUUGCACGGUUUAUCAGAGCACGAGGUGCGAUUUCCGCCAACGUACAAAUACAACGUGCUAGCUCAGAAGCCUGGCAUUCAGGAGCCCGAGCUUGAUGUACCGUGGAAGUUUGCGGCCCAUCGCUAUCCGGGAUGGACAGACCGUGUACUGUUUCUCGAUGUGCCAUCGUGGUUGAAGAAAGGAGACGGCCACGACGUUAAGCUCAACGUUCGUGCUUAUGAUUGUCUUCCUGUUUUACGCAUGAGCGACCAUCGUCCUGUCUUCUUCCGCGCUGAUGUACCCCUCAUUGCCCCUAGCGAGAUGGCCCCGCCAUCGAAUCUGGACCCCGAUGCAACCAAAGACCCUCGGGCCCGACUCCCCGUAGAGAUCGACCCAGAGGCCUGGGAACGCCGCGCAGCUGCACGCCGUAAAGAGGUCAUGGCUGGCUGGAGCAUGUAUCUCUGGAGCACAAAGCAGGGCGCUUGCAUCCUGGCCACAUUGCUCGCUUUUAGUGUCGGCUUAUAUUGGCUAUAUCGCUUUUGCUAG